CUCAUUGACAGUAACAUUUUCUGCAAUUAAUGUCUCGGCAUAGGCCAUGGCCGACGCUAUCUGGGAGGGAGAGGGAUUCUCUCUUUCUCUUCCUUCACCUCAGUCGCCGUUUGCUUGGGAAAGAGAUAGAUCACUCCCAUCUUCGUGGUGUGUGUGUGAAAGAGAUAGAGAAUGAGCGACCUCAACGCGGUGGCGAGAGUGUGGAUCUCGGCCAUCGCCGCCCUGAUCUACGUCUACACCGUCGUCUCCAGGCUGCCCAAGAACCUCCCCCGCCUCAUCGCCACCCUCCCCAUCGUCUACCUCUUCCUCUUGCUACCCUGGCAAAUCUCAUCCGUCCACUUCCGCGGAGGUACCGCCUUCUGCCUCGCCUGGAUGUCCAACUUCAAGCUCCUCCUCCUCUGCUUCGAUUCCGGUCCCCUCCCCCUCCACCGCCACUCCCUUCGCCGAUUUCUCGCCCUCGCCGCCCUCCCCGUCGAUGCCAAACAGUCCGACCCAAGGCAAGUGCAUCCCCACCCUGAGAAUGACCGGCGCCCCCUUCUGUCGAGGACCCUGCCCAGAUUCGCUCUCGCCUGUGCUCUCAUUGUCCCGUCCCUCAAGGCCUGCGCCAGCGACUUCGCCCAGCGUCACCGCGCCGCCGUCCUCCCCGUGCUCUACACGCUGGUGUUGUUCUGCAACCUCGAGGUACUCCUGGUCGCCUCUGCCGUCCCGGCGCGCCUGCUUCUGGCCCUGGAGCUCCAGCCUCAGGUCGACCAGCCCUACCGGGCGACAUCGCUUGCGGACUUCUGGGGUCGCCGCUGGAACCUCGCCGUCCCGACCAUCCUCAGGCCCGCCGUGUACUGUCCCGCCCGCUGGGCCUGGUCGCGCCUGGUGGGCUCGAGCACGGCGCGCCUGGCGGCGAUGCUGACCGCCUUCCUGGUGUCUGGGCUCAUGCACGAGCUCAUGCUGUACUACCUGACCCUCGAGCCGCCGACAUGGGAGUGGGCCGCCUUCUUUGUGCUGCAGGGCUUUCUCGCCUCUGGGGAGCUCUAUUUCAAGUCGGUCGUCGGGUUUCCCGAGCUCCCUCGGCUCGUCAGUCUGCUCAUGACCAUGGCCGUGCUCUACGUGACGGCGGCGUGGCUGUUCUAUCCGCCACUGAUCAGAGCAAGCUUCGACGUGAUAUUCGCGACCGACCUCCGGUCGGCCAUGGACGGGCUGCCCACGUCACUUCUUCAAGUUCUUAGUUAACAGAACGUUUUGGGUAUGUAAUUGUUCAUGUUGUCCUGGUACCAGUGAACGUAGAUGAUUCUGGAAGGAGGACGGCGCUUGGGGCAUUUUAGUUUUUUUUACAAAAGUAAUGUACAUUUUUAUCAUUUUCGCAUUUGAACUGAAAAAUUCUCGGUAAUUAUA